GCUCGCCUCCCUUCCCUUCCACAACCCCCUCUUCUCCCCUCUCACCCCUCCCCCCAUCCUGGCCCCCCUGCCAAAGUGGGGUGCGGAGGGGGGAGGGGGGAGAGCCCACUGAGGGGAGGAAGGGAACUCCGAUGAAGUCAGAGCCCCCUGCCCGCCACCGCUGCCAGGCCCCCCAACAUGGACUGUCUCUGUAUAGUGACAACCAAGAAAUACCGCUACCAAGAUGAAGACACGCCCCCCCUGGAGCACAGCCCGGCCCAUCUCCCCAACCAGGUAAACGCCCCUGAGCUGAUGCACGUGGCGGAGAGGAACUUGCCCCACCUUGAGGCGGCCCACGGGGUCCUGGGCCACGCCCACCUGUCCCCCAUCAAGGCCAAUUCACCCCCUGUGAUUGUCAAUACAGAUACCCUAGAAGCCCCAGGAUAUGAGUUGCAGGUGAAUGGAACAGAGGGGGAAAUGGAAUACGAAGAGAUCACGUUGGAAAGGGGUAACUCAGGCCUGGGCUUCAGCAUCGCAGGUGGCACUGACAACCCACACAUCGGUGAUGACCCAUCCAUUUUCAUUACCAAGAUCAUUCCUGGAGGGGCUGCAGCCCAGGAUGGCCGCCUUAGAGUCAAUGAUAGCAUCUUGUUUGUAAAUGAAGUGGAUGUGAGGGAGGUGACUCACUCAGCUGCAGUGGAGGCCCUCAAGGAAGCAGGCUCCAUAGUCCGCCUCUACGUCAUGCGCCGGAAGCCCCCAGCUGAGAAACUCAUGGAAAUCAAACUCAUCAAGGGACCAAAAGGUCUUGGCUUUAGCAUCGCAGGGGGUGUUGGGAACCAGCAUAUACCAGGAGAUAAUAGCAUCUAUGUGACAAAAAUCAUUGAAGGGGGUGCAGCUCACAAGGAUGGGAGGUUGCAGAUUGGAGACAAAAUCCUGGCGGUCAACAGUGUGGGACUGGAGGAUGUCAUGCAUGAAGAUGCUGUAGCAGCCUUGAAGAACACAUACGACGUUGUGUACCUAAAGGUGGCCAAGCCCAGUAAUGCCUACUUGAGUGACAGCUAUGCUCCUCCAGACAUCACAACCUCUUAUUCCCAGCACCUGGACAACGAGAUCAGUCACAGCAGCUACCUGGGCACCGAUUACCCCACAGCCAUGACCCCCACUUCCCCUCGGCGCUACUCCCCAGUGGCCAAGGAUCUCCUGGGCGAGGAAGACAUUCCUCGAGAGCCGAGGCGGAUCGUGAUCCACCGUGGCUCUACGGGCCUGGGUUUCAACAUUGUGGGUGGCGAAGAUGGCGAGGGCAUCUUCAUCUCCUUUAUCCUGGCUGGGGGCCCUGCAGACCUCAGCGGAGAGCUGCGGAAGGGGGACCAGAUCCUCUCGGUCAAUGGCGUUGACCUUCGUAAUGCGAGCCACGAACAGGCUGCCAUUGCCCUUAAGAAUGCGGGUCAGACUGUUACAAUCAUCGCUCAGUAUAAACCAGAAGAGUACAGCCGAUUUGAGGCCAAGAUCCAUGACCUCCGGGAACAGCUCAUGAACAGUAGCCUGGGCUCAGGGACAGCCUCCUUGCGAAGCAACCCCAAAAGGGGUUUCUAUAUCAGGGCCCUGUUUGAUUAUGACAAAACCAAGGACUGCGGUUUCCUGAGCCAGGCUUUGAGCUUCCACUUUGGGGAUGUGCUGCAUGUAAUCGACGCCAGUGAUGAGGAGUGGUGGCAGGCGCGGCGGGUCCAUUCCGACAGUGAGACCGAUGACAUUGGCUUUAUCCCCAGCAAACGGCGGGUUGAGCGACGAGAGUGGUCAAGGUUAAAGGCCAAGGAUUGGGGCUCCAGCUCUGGAUCACAGGGUCGAGAAGACUCUGUGCUGAGCUACGAGACAGUGACGCAGAUGGAAGUGCACUACGCUCGCCCCAUCAUCAUCCUUGGGCCCACCAAGGACCGUGCCAAUGAUGAUCUGCUCUCUGAGUUCCCCGACAAGUUUGGAUCCUGCGUUCCUCAUACGACACGGCCCAAGCGGGAGUAUGAGAUAGAUGGCCGGGAUUACCACUUUGUGUCGUCCCGGGAGAAAAUGGAGAAGGACAUUCAAGCUCACAAGUUCAUUGAGGCCGGCCAGUACAACAGCCACCUAUAUGGAACCAGCGUUCAGUCCGUGCGAGAGGUGGCUGAGCAGGGGAAGCACUGCAUCCUCGAUGUCUCAGCCAAUGCUGUGCGGCGGCUGCAGGCGGCCCACCUGCACCCUAUCGCCAUCUUCAUCCGCCCCCGCUCCCUGGAAAAUGUGCUAGAGAUCAAUAAGCGGAUCACAGAGGAGCAAGCCCGCAAAGCCUUCGACAGAGCCACCAAGCUGGAGCAGGAAUUCACAGAGUGCUUCUCAGCCAUCGUGGAGGGCGACAGCUUUGAGGAAAUCUACCAUAAGGUGAAGCGCGUCAUCGAGGACCUCUCAGGCCCCUACAUUUGGGUCCCAGCCCGAGAGAGACUCUGAUUCCUGCCCUGGCUUGGCCUGGACUUGCCCUGCAUCCAUCGCCUAGGCCCCGUGGUGUGGACUCAGUCGCCCAAGCCCUUCACACGCCCUUGCUCCGCCACCUCCCUCCACCCUUCUUAUUUAUUUCCUUUCUAACUGGAUCCAGCCCACCGGAGGGGGGAACGCUCCUCUGCAUGUAUCUCCACACCCCAGAACUGGGCACCUCAACCCCAGGAUUCUGGGGCCUGGUGGGGGGCCAGGCUCCGGUUCUGAGCCCUUGUUCCUUAGGAUCCCUCCACUCUGCCUGCCCCCAAUGCACACACAAGCCCACUGGGGGCCACCUGCCCUCCUCCAUUCCUCCCACACACAUUCCAGAAGUCGGGGCCCAAAUCGCAGAGCAGCCCUGGUGCGCCCUGCAGGGACGCUGGCCUGCAGCUGCUCUCCUGAGGAAGGGUCUGGUAUCACCCCUGCCCCAUCAUAACUUCCUCUUUCCCUUGAUUUCUCAUUUAAUUUUUUCAAUUUUUUUCUUCUCAGAGGUGGUUUUGGGGGGUCUAGUGGGGGACUCCACUGUGGGCCCCCUGCCUUCUACACGCCCCCCACCUUUUUCUUUGCCGGUUUGCAUGAGUGGAAGGUCUAACUGUGGCUUUUUUUUUCUGGGAUAUU